AUGGGCACCCUGAGAGCCAUGCGUAGCUCGCCCACUGCGGUUGCCGGGCGACUGGAGGAGCUGAGAUUUUCGCUGGAGGCUUUUCGGAGGAGGUCAAACCAGUCGCGCUACGCGAGAAGCGACGCUAAAGAAAGUGCGAAGACGGCUACUGUUGCUGCGGAUGUUUCUUCUUCCGACUCUCUGCGUGUCCUUUGCCUCCAUGGCUACCUCCAAAAUGGUGACGUGUUCAAACAGAAGACCGGUUCACUUCGUCGCGUGCUAAAGGGUUGCGAGUUCACCUUUUUGGAUGCCCCCCACAUCGCAGAACCUUUUCCGGAUUCUAACCCUGACAUGGACGAUGCUAGCAGUGCUGGAGGCGUCGGAGGUCGAGGUUGGUGGACCUCUGGGGAGAAUCAACAGCGCAAGGAGGGCGAGGCAUGGGUUCGUCCGGCGCAGUCGUUUGCUUGUGCUGGAUUUGAUGAAGGCGUCGCACAUGCCAGAAGCUCCUGUGCAGAUAUCGCUCAGGAUGGACACGGCUUUGAUGGAGUUUUGGCUUUUUCCCAGGGUUGUGCAGUGGCCUCGAUGCUGCUCCGUGAAGCUCAGCAGGACAAGGGCCAUCCGUUGGCCAAUGUGAAAUUCGCGAUUUUGGUGGGGGGCUUCAUCCCUCGCGAUACCACCAUUGCGUCGAGAUUGCGAGGCGAAAAUGGAAUAGAUUCAGCUCCGUUGGAGGUUCAUUCUCUGCUUGUGUCAGGUGAGAAUGACCUGCUAGUACCGAGACUGCGGAGUGAAGCGCUUGCGGCCUUGUACGCCCCAUUGAAAUUGGGGUGGUUUGAUCAUCCUGGACGUCAUGGCCUUCCCAAUGCGACUGGAACCUUCAAGCAGGAGUUGCAGAUUCCACAAAGUGAAGUGACCUAUGCUCCAGACCAGGCUGAAGCAGAGCAAGGCCAAGUCAUCCUGGAAGAAAAGAAUAAGAAACGUGUUCGAUAUUGGUGGGAAGAGGGCUAUGUGCCAGGAAACGAAAAGGACUCAGAUGAUGAAAAGAGUGAAAGCGGCAGUGAAACGAAGGCGACGGAGUGUGAGAAGCAGCCGGACAUCAAUGCUUUGCCCAGUGUUGAUGGUGAGGACAGUGACUACGAGGUCGUAGUGCCAGGUGAUGCCAAGGGUGGCCGCUUGGUUCGCUGGGGUGGGCUUCAUGGACGCCUGUGUUUGGCGGAUGGUGAUUUGGCAUUGGAGGAUGGUGAAUGCGAAAGCGACAAAUCGCAAAAAGCGCUUGCUCCACUUCAAGACUACUUGGAUGAACUGUUGAUACCAACAGGCGAACCUACGGAGGUUCAGGCACAAACUGGAGCUGAAAGCUUGCCCGCUCUCGAAAAUAUGCCUCCUGCUGCAGCCGAAACCAUGGCGAUAGUUCUGUAUCAGACGCCAGCAUCGCGGGUGAAGCCAUGGAGCUUUUGCACCAUCACCGAUAGCAUGUCCUCGAAAGUGGAUCAAGCGGAGGUGCAGCAAGUCUUUGCGAUCGAGGAUGCCAAGCGCAACAAUCGUCUUUAUUCUGAAGAGAUGCAAGCCCUUUCGCAAGUGGCCAUUGGCAACUACUUCCUUCGCCAACAGCAGGGCUUUGAGGUCGUGCAGAAGGCGAAGGAGGACGAAGCCAUACGUCGCAGGCAAGUCAAAGAAGGAUCAAAGGAGAGGCUUCCCGGCACCAAGCAGCCCCUGGCAGUGAGCCAGGCCUGGCAAGAGCAUCAGCAGGUGGAAGCGGCAUCCUUUCAGAAGCCACGGAAGACCUUGCUGCCUGGAAGCCUUGCAGGGGGCUCAUCCUCAAGUUCCUCACGGAUGCCCAAGGAAACCAUGCGGAAAGAGCCUGGUCCAAAACCUGGACGUCAGAAAGAGGUUCAUCAGGAUGCGUUUGAUGACUCGGACUUUGAGCCCAAGUUCAAAAUUCCUGAGAUGCCGCUGUCCAGAAGAUGCUACAGACCCAGCCAUUUUGACGAAGCUUCAUAG